AAAUAUUGUUUUCGUUUUUUGCAUUUGUGAGUUAUUAUAAUUUGUUGUUGACUCGACGUUGUUUCUGGUUCUAUUUUUGAUAUUUUUUUGUUUGUUGUUCGCAUUAGAAAUUUUUGAUAAAAAUUUUCAUUACAAACAAUUUUCUAUUCAAUUGUAACAAAAAGGUCGAGGAUAUUUUGGAAAUUGAUUCUAUUUUUAUCGAUUAAUCUUUGAAUUGGUCAAGUCAAAUCAGUCAUUAUUUUUUCAUCAUGGUAUCAUUACGUGUUUGUGGACCAAAUUUUUCGCUUUGUUGUACAUUGAUAUCUGUUUGGGGUUUUAUCAUGUUACCAAUAAUGGGCGUUUUAUUAUCAAAACAUUCAUUAACAUUUGCCGAAGAUCUUGUUGAAGAUAUUGAAUUCAAUACAACUGAUGAAUUUUUACAUAAAGCUAGUGAACGUUAUGAUGAAGCGGCAAAAACAUGUUAUGUAGCCGGUAUAAUCUAUCUUGGAUCAUUUGCCUUUUCAUUAUGGCAAUUAUUUCUCAAUCGAAAAGCUGCAAAUAAAAAUUAGAUACAAAAAAAGUUGUAAUUAAUGUUGAAAAUGAACAAAAAAAAAAUAA